AAACGCCCAAAACCUAAACGAACCACUUUGGCUAUUCAUAGUCAAUCCGCCCUCUGGCUGUGUCUCUCUCUCUCUCUCUCUCUCUCUGGUCUUCUCCGCACUUCAAGCUCAAAUCCAACUAUGGCCACCACAAAUCUCUGUCCUCUCUCUUCAUCUCUGGACAAAUUCCACUCUCUCUCCAAGAAGCCAUCUCCAAAACCCUUCUCUCUCUUCCCCAAAACCCUACCAAAACCUUCUUCUUUCCCCAACAAACCCUCCUCCUCACAUUCCCACAAAACUCUCCUCGCAUUCUCCUCCAAAAACCCCAUCUCUGAUGUUAUCUCCUCAUAUAAAUCAGACCCAGAUGCCCAUUCAUGGAGUUUUGAUGAUGAUAAGCCCCGAGAAGAGUGCGGCGUCGUUGGCAUCUAUGGCGACCCCGAAGCUUCCCGCCUCUGCUACCUCGCACUCCACGCGCUUCAACACCGUGGUCAGGAAGGCGCCGGAAUCGUCGCCGUCCACGACAACGUGCUCCAAUCGGUCACCGGCGUCGGACUCGUCUCCGAAGUCUUCAACGAGUCGAAACUCCGUCAGCUUCCCGGCGACAUCGCUAUCGGACACGUUCGCUACUCCACAGCCGGAGCUUCCAUGCUCAAGAACGUCCAGCCCUUCGUCGCCGGGUACCGAUUCGGCUCGGUCGGCGUUGCCCACAACGGUAAUUUGGUGAAUUAUCAAGCUCUUCGUGCUACGCUUGAAGAAAAUGGGUCAAUUUUCAAUACUAGCUCUGAUACAGAGGUGGUUCUUCACCUUAUUGCCAUAUCAAAGGCUAGACCUUUCUUUCUGAGGAUUGUUGAGGCUUGUGAGAAGCUAGAGGGUGCUUAUUCGAUGGUGUUUUUGACCCAAGACAAGUUGGUUGCGGUUCGAGACCCGUUCGGGUUUCGGCCGUUGGUUAUGGGUAGGAGGAGCAAUGGUGCUGUUGUGUUUGCCUCGGAGACUUGUGCAUUGGACCUAAUUGAGGCCACAUAUGAGAGAGAGGUGUAUCCUGGUGAAGUAUUGGUGGUGGACAAAGAAGGGGUUCAAUCACUUUGCUUAAUGCCUCACCCUGAGCCCAAAGCUUGUAUCUUUGAGCACAUCUACUUUGCUCUGCCCAAUUCAGUGGUUUUUGGGCGGUCUGUGUAUGAAUCCCGCCACGCAUUCGGUGAAAUACUUGCCACCGAGGCCCCGGUUGAUUGUGAUGUUGUCAUAGCAGUGCCGGAUUCCGGGCUAGUGGCUGCACUUGGUUAUGCUGCCAAAGCAGGGGUGCCGUUUCAACAAGGGUUGAUAAGGUCACAUUAUGUGGGGAGGACAUUUAUUGAGCCAUCACAGAAGAUUAGGGACUUUGGUGUUAAGCUCAAGCUCUCUCCGGUGAGGGCGGUAUUGGAAGGGAAGAGGGUGGUUGUUGUGGAUGACUCAAUUGUGAGAGGGACAACGUCUUCGAAAAUAGUUAGGUUGCUUAAGGAGGCAGGCGCUAAAGAGGUUCACAUGAGGAUUGCUAGCCCUCCCAUUAUUGGGUCUUGUUAUUAUGGAGUAGACACACCUAGCUCCGAGGAGUUGAUUUCUAACAGGAUGAGUGUGGAGGAGAUCAGAGAGUUCAUUGGUUCGGAUUCGCUUGCUUUUCUGCCAUUUGAUAGCUUGAAGAAGUUGUUAGGCAAAGAUCAUCCCAACUUCUGCUAUGCUUGCUUUUCCGGGAAGUACCCCGUUCUGCCAACGGGUAAAGUGAAACGGGUUGGUGAUUUUGUGGAUGAUGGAUUGAAUGGAAGCAUAGGAGCCAUUGAAAGGGGUUGGGUUCAAGAAACUAAUAUGCAGCAAGAGGGAAGGGAUAUAGAUUCUAAACAAAAAGAGGAGGAGAUAGUUCCGCUAUAAUGCUGUUUUGAUGCUGACUAUAUGUUUUGCUUCAGUGCCUCCAGCUUGCAGUAUAGGCAUUUUUUGGUGAUGGCCUGAGUUAUAUAUGGUGCGGUGAGUGACAAAUGUGUUGAUGAUCAUUAUACAAUAUUUGUGUUUCGUUAAAUGAAUUGAGGCGGUCAAGCUAAAGCAUUUAUAAAUUUUUUUUCCCCCCUUUUUGCUUAAUA